CAACGGCGUAGCAACGGCAAAAUGGCGGACGACGACGACAAACCCCAGACAAAACGCGUAUUUGUUAACCAUGUAGACUCAUAUGAAGGUAGACAUAUAGCAAAAUACCUUUCACAAUGUGUCGUUGGUGCAUCACUUGAAGAUCCCGAAGAUGAAGAAGAAGAUGCAGCCUCCGUAGAUUCAGCAUUCAUUCCUCCACCAAAAGAAGGAUGCUAUGAUAUUAUUGGAACUCUGAAAAAGAAAGGAAGUAGAAAGCCUGAUUUCGUCAAGGAGAUUAUCGCUUAUGAAACCAAAGAUCAACUCUAUGAACAUCUCGUGGAGUGUGACAUCAUUGUUUAUGACAUCACAGAAGAUCCUGAUCAAAUCGAUGAAUCUACUUGGGCAGUUUCAGAGCUACAUUCUGACCUUGAUAGGUUGGAAAAACCCAAAAUGUUUAUCCUGGUCUCCACGGUGAUGACUUGGGCCCGCAGUAAACCUCUGGAUCCUGAUGAUCCAGAAAUCCCAUUCACAGAGGAUGACUACAGAAGGAGGAAACCCCAUCCCAACUUUAAGGAACACAUAAGUGCAGAAAAAACAGUCAUAAAAAUGGGCAAAACAAAUAAGGCUAAACUUGUCACAUAUGUCAUAGCCUCCGGGUUGACCUAUGGGUGUGGAGAAAAUAUAUUCCAUUAUUUAUUCAAGUCUGCAUGGCAUAAUGCACCAAUGUUACAAUGCUUUGGAAAUGGCACAAAUGUUGUACCCACAAUCCACAUUAAAGAUCUUGCUGCGGUAAUUCAAAAUAUAGCUGACAGUCGUCCUAAAGUGCGUUACCUUGUCGCUGUUGACGAUUCUCAGCCAACUUUGGAGGACAUUGUGAAAUGUGUGAGCAUGAGUCUUGGAACAGGACGUGUGAAGACUAUCACCAAAGAGGAGGCCUUAUUAAACAAAGAUAUUGAGCAAGCAGACUUUGACAUGCUUUUGGUGAACCUUCGUAUGGAUGCUGUUUAUGUCAAAGAAAACAUGAGGAUUCAAUGGGCAGCUGAGAUGGGAACAAUAGAAAACAUACAGAGGAUGAUCAAAGAAUACAAAGAGGAUAGGGGUUUAUUGCCAGUAAGGUCGGCCAUCUUAGGACCCCCUGCAGUGGGCAAGACAACAGUCGCUAAACAGUUGUGUGACCACUAUAAACUACAUCACAUAAAGAUCAAAGAUGUCAUAGAUGAAGCUAUUGAGAAUCUGGAACGCAGUGCAGCUAGAGUAGAUCAAGAAGAUGUUGAAGAUGACGAUGGUAAAGCACAAGAUGACCAAGAACUCCUUGAGGCAAUUCAAGCCAGUAAAGAGGAGAACAAUGGACGUAUUGAAGACCAGUAUAUCAUACGAUUUUUCAGAGAUAAACUGCACUCUAUGCCCUGCCAGAACCAAGGGUUCAUCUUGGAUGGAUUUCCAAAAACAUUAGAGCAGGCUAAGGAAUUGUUUGCAGCUGAAGAUGAUGAAGAAGCAGAGGAAUCAUCAGCUGCUGCAUUUGACAAGACAACAAUGCCACAAAACCUUAUAGUGCUUGAAGCCCAGGACGAUUUCCUCAAAUUACGUGUCAUGAAUCUCCCAGAGAACGUUGUAGCUGGAACGCACAACACAGAAGAAGGACUAUCAAGACGUCUGGCUCUAUAUAGAGAGGUCAACACCGAAGAUGAAACAGUUCUGAAUUAUUUUGAUGAACUUGAGAUUCACCCAGAAAAAAUGGACAUAGUAAAAGAUGCCUCAGAUAUGUGCAAAGACACAGUUGAAAAGAUCAAGAAGAUCAUGGGAGAACCAAGGAAUUAUGGUCCAACUCCGGAGGAGCUGGAGGAAAUGAGGAGAAAGGAAGAGGAGGCGAGGCUAAAGAAGGAAGCUGAAGAGAAGGCAGAGCGUGAGGCACGAGAAGCUGAGGAGGCUGCUCUGAGGAAAAAUAGACAGGAAGAAUGGUCUACUCGACUAGAAGAUGUAAAACGUGAAGAAUACGAGAUGCUUGAGACGCAAUCUAUCCCUCUUAGGAACUACCUGAUGAAGCAUGUCAUGCCAACACUUACACAGGGUCUCAUCGACUGCUGUAAGACUCGCCCUGAUGAUGCCAUUGACUACCUGGCGGAGUAUUUGUUCCAGAAUAACCCACAGAUAGACUGAGGCAGCAAUGACAAUCCAAUAUAUUAAAAAAUAUUUAAAAUAUAACAAUCUAUUGACAAUAAAGAUUGACUUUACCAUACUAAAGAUAAGCCUGAAAUCACAAAAGAUCAAACCUCUGAGAUGGACAAAAAAACUUGAUUUCUUACAGACUCGUACAUGUAUGUUAAGAUCCUUCAUAGGUAUAUCCUGAAUGCAGGAUGUAACAUAUCACUUUCAAAUAUAUAAGAUGUAAAUAUAUGUAAAUAUAUCACAUGUUAAAAUUACAGUAAUUUGACUGCAGUAAGAUUUGUCUGUCUACACUGUGAAACAGGUAGCUUUGGGGCUAAUUUCUCUUUUGAGAGGG